CAGAAGAGGGGAAGAAAGAGUGGUUGUGUAAGAGAGACUGCUUGAUUAAAAUUGGUAAAGAAGGAGACGGAGCAGGAAGCGAUACCAGCACCAGCCAGGUAGCAGCAGCGAUAAAGCUAUGUACAGGGACGUGUCGAGUUGCAAUACAUACAACUAUGGCGACGCAGCGUACUGGGACGCUCGUUAUGUGCAGGAAACGGGGCCUUUUGAUUGGUAUCAGCGUUACUCUGCUCUUCGUCCUUUCGUUAACAAGUACAUCCCUACCUCUUCUCGCGUCCUUAUGGUUGGCUGCGGCAACGCCGUUAUGUCAGAGGACAUGGUCAAGGAUGGUUAUGUAGACAUAACAAACAUUGACAUUUCUUCAGUGGCCAUUGAGAUGAUGCGAAGGAAGUAUGAAUACACACCUCAGCUGAAAUACAUGCAAAUGGAUGUCAGAGAUAUGAGCUUCUUUCCAGAUGAAUCAUUUGAUGGUGUCAUCGAUAAAGGAACUCUUGAUUCAUUGAUGUGUGGUACCAGUGCUCCACUCAGUGCUGCCCAAAUGCUUGGAGAAGUGAGCAGGCUUCUCAAACCUGGAGGGGUCUAUAUGUUGAUAACCUAUGGUGAUCCAUCAGUUAGGAUUCCUCAUUUGAACCGAAUGUUAUACAAUUGGGAAAUAACAUUAUACAUUAUGUCCAGACCAGGAUUCCAAAAGGCAGCAGAUUGUAGCUCUUCAUCAAAAUCAUACCUUGAGCCCAUUCCUCUGACAGAGAAGGGCCUCCUUCCUGGAGAUUUUGUUCUGGAAGAUAAAGAUUCUCACUAUAUUUAUGUGUGUAAAAAGAUGGAUGGGAUGAAUUGAUGGAUCUAGGCAAUGGUGCCCAUUCAAUGUCAGUUAUAUAGUGAUGACUGAAAAACAAGUUGGCAAAGGAAUCCAUUUCCUUUUCAGCUUACACGCUUUGAAGCUUAAAUGAUUUUUAUCAAUACAUCAAUAUCAUUGUUUUUGCUGCCUGUAUAAGUAGGCCUCAUUGGAGUCGUGUUGUUUCUAACAUUUAUGAUUGUUUCAUUCACUCAAACCAUUGGCUUUAUCCUAA